UGGUGAUCGACUAGCAAGGUCUUCAGCCUCGCCCUUUGCUGUGUCCAGACCCUUUCCACGUCCCGCACACAGCCGCAGCGUGCUCCAACGAUUGCAUAAGCGCGCAUGCGCAUGCGACACAUGCGCGCGUGUAGAGGAGGAACGCGUCUGAGCGGUGUUGGUCAGCGUGAAUGAAGCACAGCAUGCUCGCUGAGACAAUCACAUCGAUCGACCGCAGCUCGUUCGUCCUCAACGCCAGAGCGCCAGCUUUCACGGUCACACCUUCACCUCAAAUCCUCUUUCACCUCUUUCGACUUGUCUCCACUCACAAGUAUGCAUUUUCGCAUGUCGCCCAGUGUAAGCACUACUGCUAUCACUCAUAGCCUCCUCAACUUUGCUUUCGGACCUUCGAGUCUAUUAUAAUUGAUCUUUCC